AUGGGAAAAGAAGAAAAAAAGGUUUUUAAGGAUCGUUGCAAAUACGAAAAUACUCAGUAAACUGAAACAUAUAGAUAGCAACUUACUAAAGAAAAAAGAAUUCUUCAAACAAAAACUUAAUAAGACAUUGAAAGAUUAGAUCCAUAUUUUACCGUAAACAACAAUUAUUUGGGUUUGAUGAAAAAGGACUCCGAAUCUGGAAAUUAAACUUCAGUCUAAUUCAAACAUCCAUUAGAUUAAUUGGGCUUAAUUGACAAUGAUUAUUGCCAAAAAUGCAAAAAAGAUGCUAGCUUUUGUCCUCAUAAAAACAAAAAUGACGAUGUCUACCUUGCUCAACAUACCUUAAAGCACCCUGUUACACACAGCUAAACCUAUGGUUGGAGACCUCCUAUAGACGACAGCAAUUGGGGCUAUGGAUUAAAAAGUACAAUUUAGGCUUUCACAACAAGCUUUAGAAACGAUAAGCCAAAAGAACCUACUAAAACAAACUGA